AAUGCCUGUCUGGGGAGGAGGAAACAAGUGUGGAGCCUGUGGGAGGACCGUGUACCAUGCUGAGGAGGUGCAGUGUGACGGGAGGAGCUUCCACCGCUGCUGCUUCCUGUGCAUGGUUUGCAGGAAAAAUUUAGAUAGCACAACAGUGGCAAUUCACGAUGAAGAGAUCUACUGCAAAUCCUGCUACGGAAAGAAGUACGGGCCAAAAGGCUAUGGUUACGGCCAGGGUGCUGGCACACUCAAUAUGGACCAUGGUGAGAGGCUGGGCAUCAAGCCAGAGAGUGUUCAACCUCACAGUCCUACAACAAAUCCAAACACUUCUAAAUUUGCUCAGAAAUAUGGAGGUGCUGAGAAGUGUUCCAGAUGUGGAGAUUCCGUGUAUGCUGCUGAGAAGAUAAUUGGUGCUGGGAAGCCCUGGCAUAAAAACUGUUUCCGAUGUGCCAAGUGUGGGAAGAGUCUUGACUCAACAACUUUGACUGAGAAGGAAGGUGAAAUCUAUUGCAAAGGAUGCUAUGCAAAGAACUUUGGGCCCAAGGGAUUUGGCUAUGGCCAAGGAGCAGGAGCCCUUGUUCAUGCUCAGUAAAGGUGUAAACCCCAGAAUGGAGCAUCACACAUGGAGAAUCUCUUCAUAAUCUAGGCACAGAUAAUCUCUUACAAUCUCUUAACAUUAAACUACUGUGAAAUGCGACCAGCAUUUAAGUACUGUGUAUUACUCUAUACUUGGACAGACUGGCCAACUUGUAAGAAGAGAGCAUUGUAUCCUUUUGCUUUAUUCACCACCAUUCUAAAGAACCAUUUCUUUUACAUUUUAAAUAAAACUUCAACUU